GGCUGGAUUUCCAGGGUCCACCAACUGGUUCCUGAAGGCCAGAUUCGCAAUUGCACUCACUGCACCUUUCUUCUGAUCUUGAGACUUUCUCACAAUCUCUCGAUUCCAGCUUGCUUUUUCACAUCCAAAACUACGCCGAUAUGAGCCUGCAACCGCCUUCCCUCUCCAUGAGGCCCAAGUCUCCGUCUGGAGGCUCUACCAAGGCCGUUAUUCUGGUCGGAGGCCCUUCUCGCGGCACACGGUUUAGGCCUCUGUCUAUGGAACUGCCCAAGCCGCUCUUCCCCAUCGCCGGCCACCCCAUAAUCGAGCACUGCUUCCGCGCCAUCACAAAUGUCCCCGAGAUCAAGGAGGUCUUCAUCGUCGGCUACUACGAGGAGUCCGUCUUCCAGCAGUUCAUCAACGCCGUCUCGACCAGCUGGCCGCACCUGAGCGUCAAGUACCUCCGCGAAUACCAGGCAUUGGGCACAGCGGGCGGCCUCUACCACUUCCGCGACGUGAUACUGAAGGGCAGGCCCGAGAAGCUGUUUGUGCUCAACGCCGAUGUCUGCUCCUCGUUCCCGCUGGUGGAGAUGCUCAAGCUGUUCGAGGACAAGGAUGCCGAGGCGGUAAUGCUGGGUACGCGGGUCGCCAACGACGCCGCCUCCAACUUUGGUUGCAUUGUCUCGGACGCGCACACGAAGCGCGUGCUCCACUACGUCGAGAAGCCCGAGUCGCACAUCUCCAACCUCAUCAACUGCGGCGUCUACCUCUUCGCGACCGAGUGCAUCUUCCCCGCCAUCCGCAGCGCCAUCAAGCGACGGACCGAGCGCCCACGGCUGCUGUCGUACCCCUCCUCCGAGAACCUCGAAUCCUCCUUCUACCAAAACGACGACGACGAUGAUAACAAGGAGAAUGCUGUUAUCCGGUUGGAGCAGGACGUUCUGUCUGACAUCGCCGACAGCAGGCAGUUCUUCGUCCUCGAGACCAAGGACUUCUGGCGCCAGAUCAAGACCGCUGGGUCCGCCGUGCCAGCGAAUGCUCUGUACCUCCUAAAGGCCUUCCAGACAGGAUCAGAAGAGCUCGCCGCCCCCUCUGCAAACAUCCUCCCUCCCGUCUACAUCCACCCCUCCGCGCAGAUCGACCCAACCGCCAAGAUCGGUCCCAAUGUCUCCAUCGGCCCCCGCGUCGUCAUUGGCGCUGGUGUACGUGUCAAGGAGUCCAUCGUUCUUGAAGACUCGGAGAUCAAGCACGACGCUUGCGUCUUGUACACCAUCAUCGGCUGGCACAGCAAGGUCGGUGCUUGGGCGCGUGUCGAGGGCACACCUACUCCCGUUACUAGCCACACCACCAGCGUCAUCAAGAACGGCGUCAAGGUCCAGAGCAUCACCAUUCUCGGCAAGGAGUGUGCUGUUGCUGAUGAAGUCCGUGUGCAAAACUGUGUUUGCUUGCCUUACAAGGAGCUUAAGAGGGACGUCUCGAACGAGGUCAUCAUGUAGAAGGCCCCAUGUCUGCUAGCUGGUAUCGGAUUGCGAUGCGUUGUAGGUGCAUCUAUAGUACUUAAUCAUGAUGUGAUGCAUGACAUGUGGUCACUGGAUAGAGCGAUAUACCACUAUACUUGAAAUGAAAUCAGAAUGACGACUAGUAUGGUGUUGUU